GUUCGACCAUCAUUCACUUGUCAAUCGUGAGAACGCAACGUUCAGUACAGGACAAUUUGAAAUUCGAACAUUCUAAAUUUAAAAUGAACUUCGGUCGUGUUUUGUUUUUCGUGUUCGCCUGCGUGCUGGCUUUGAGCGCGGUGUCAGGAGCGCCCAACCCUCGGUGGAACCCGUUUAAAAAAUUGGAAAAAGCGGGACGCAACAUCCGUGACGGCAUCAUCAAAGCUGGCCCCGCGGUAGCUGUCGUCGGUCAAGCCGCGACCAUUGCUAAAGGAUAAAAA